AUGCUGUCGAGAAGAUCGCUUUCACUUGCGAGCUCCUCCCGCAUCGCCAGCUGGACUUGCGCUUCGAUCUCGACCAGGGUCACAGCAACAAAAGUAGCAACAGCAGCAGCGCUGAGCACCCCGGCUUGCCUCUCUCGCAGUAUCGCUACCAAUCCAUCUCUGGCUUCGGGGCGUGAAGGUGGGAGACCAUCAUUCUCCUCAAACUGCGACAACGACCGCUCGGACUAUCGCCCGCGUCGCAGAGACGACGGUGCUUCGGCACCGUCGACUCAACGUUCCGGUGGAUCUAACCACGGCAACCCGGUGGCGCAGUACAGCCGCAAUCAGCGCUUUGCCGCCGACGGGACGAGGAAGCGGCUGCCGCAUCCGAACGCCAAGCCGCGCUCCAGUCACGGUCAAGGCCAAGGUUCGAACAAUCAGAAUCGCAACGAUCAGCGUUUGCCGAGGCAAAGGGAUGGGUCUCCUCGCACCAACAACAAUAACAGCAACGGCAGCGGGGAUAGGGGCGAGAGAUACUCGUCACGACGCACUAACGACGACUCCUCACUCAAGUUUGGCUCAGCUACGUCAUCAUCGUCAGGUGCAGAUGCAGCUGCGAAGAGAGACUCGACGUUCUCGAGAUUGAAAGCGCGCAGCAACACGACGCCGGACGACGUUGACAACAGUACUCGGGGCAGAGACUCGGACCGGUUCGGAGAGCCAGCAGGUGGCGAGAUCGACAGUCCCAGUCCACCCCGCGGUGCGAAUGAAGGCUUUUCAGAGGGAAAGAGUAGCGUCGACAAAUCAGAUCGACACCACACUGCCAAGCAUAAGAAAAAGGAAGGUCGAGGAUCCUUACUGGAUCGUGAUUCCGAACAGCGUGACCGCAACUCUCGGCGGUCUUCCGCCAGCUCUACAACUCCUGGUCGACAAACGCGAAGUCAGUCUCAGCCUUUAGCCCCGGACACCCACGCCAACACGUCCGUGCCUACCCCACGGAUCAAACCCAAGCUCCUCCCCAAGGUCGAGCGCAACAUCUUCCUGCCCAGCGUCAUCUCGGUCGUCAUGCUCGCCACGCGCAUGGAGAAGAAGCUGCGCGCGGUCCAGGAUGUCAUGACGGAGCUCGGCAUGCAGGACACCCGACCGGACCUGAUGCUCAAGUUUGAAGAUGCAGAGAUGAUUGCGGCGGAACUCAACGUCGUUGCGAUCCCGAACGAGGAUGCGAGUUUCGACAUUUACCCUCGACCUCCGCCGAGCUCGCCGGAAGAGGCUGCGAGCUUCCCGCUGCGUCCGCCCGUGGUGACCAUCAUGGGGCAUGUCGACCACGGCAAGACGACGCUGCUCGACAAGCUGCGCAGCACUUCAGUGGCGCAGGGCGAGGCGGGCGGGAUUACGCAACACAUCGGUGCGUUUUCGGUUCCCAUCACCGGCCGCGAGCAGGACAAAGGCAAAAAGAAAGGCUACAAGGGCAUCCAGACCAUCACGUUCCUCGAUACGCCCGGUCAUGCCGCCUUCACCGCGAUGCGCAGCCGCGGCGCCAUGGUCACCGACAUUGUCGUGCUCGUCGUUGCUGCAGACGACGGCGUCAUGCCGCAAACGCGCGAAGUGAUCCAGCUCGUCCAUAACGCCAAUGCCGACGUUGACGCUUCGGACAUCGCCUCCACGCAGCCGCCCGUGCAGCUCGUUGUGGCGCUCAACAAGAUCGACAAGCCCGACGCGGACCCGGAGCGCGUCAAGCGCGAACUGCUCGCCGCGGGCGUCGAACUCGAAGAGCUCGGCGGCGACGUCCCCUGUGUCCACGUCUCUGGCAAAACCGGCAAAGGGCUCGACGAGCUCGAAGAGACCGUGGCGACACUCGCCGAGCUCGCAGAUCUGCGUGCCGAACGGACCGGGUUGCCGGAGGGGUACGUGAUCGAGUCGAAAGUCGACAAAGGUCGCGGGAACGUCGCUACGGUACUGAUCAAGCGCGGCGUGCUCGAGAAGUCGUCCUGCGUCGUGGCGGGGACGGCGUGGUGCAAAGUGCGUCAGAUUCUGCAUUCCAGUGGCAAGCCUCUCGCUCAAGCGCUGCCGGGCGACCCCGUGCUGGUGACUGGGUGGAGAGAGUUGCCCACGGCGGGGGACAUGCUGUUGGGGGGAACGGAUGAAGGGUCGUGCAAGAAGGCGACCGAGAACCGCAAGCAGCUCCUGGAACAGAAACGGUUGAUGCAGGAUGUCGAGCAGAUUAACGAGGCACGCAGGAUGAAAGCGGAGCAGGAGGAGGCUGAAGCCAAGAAGGAGUUUGAGGAGAGGCAGAGGCGGAGGGCGAUUCGCAUUGCCGCCGACGACGGCAAGGAUCCGUUGGCUGUGCUGGCUGCGCUCGACGGAAGUGCUUCUGCGGCCAACGCGGGUGGUGAUGCUGCAGCUGAGCUUGCAGGGGAAGAAGCAAGUGUCGAUCCAGCUACAGCAGCAGCGACGACAGGCGGCAGCGAAGCACGGAAGCUGCUCAACGUAAUCGUCAAAGCCGACUUCAGCGGUACAGUCGAAGCCGUCGUGGGUGCCAUCUCUUCCAUUGGCAACGCCGAAGCCGGCGUGAAAAUCGUCUCGGCCAGCGUCGGCGAGCCGUCAGAAUCUGACGUCGCCAAAGCCGCCGCCCUCUCGGCCACCAUCAUCGGCUUCAACGUCACGCCCUCGAAAUCCGUCCUGCAAUCCGCCGCACGCGCCCAACCCAACCCGGUCCCCGUCAUCGUCUCGGACGUCAUCUACCGCCUGAUGGAAACCGUCUCCUCGCACGUAUCCGCCCUCCUGCCCCCACUCACAGAGGCACGCGUCCACGGCGAGGCCUCGGUCAGCCAAAUCUUCGAAAUCAACAUCAAGGGCAAGACGUUCAAGAAAAUCGCAGGCUGCAGGGUUACCAACGGCACGAUCGCCAAGAGCAAUCUGGUGCGCGUGCUCAGAGGAGAGAAACGGGCCGAGGUGUUCAGAGGCAAGUUGGACGAGUUUAAGCAUUUGAAGAAGGACGUGAGCGAGAUGCGGAAGGGGACAGAGUGCGGGAUGUCGUUCGAAGGGUGGCAGGAUUUGAAGGAGGGGGACGUCGUGCAGAGUUUCAGUGAGGUCGAGGUGGCGAGGAGCUUGUAA